AUGGCCCCCGCUAUCACAGAGACAGCUCCCGCUGCGCAACCCGCCUCCCUCACUACCCCUCCUCCCACCCAUCCCGAUAGACUGUAUGUCAACUACAGCACGAAACAAUUCGGCAGCGGUGCCAUUUCCCUAAUCGACCUGCCCGCAGGCGCCCUCUUCGCCAAGAUCACCACAGCCACGCCAGCAAAGAAAGCGUACACAUCGGUGCAAACAGGACCCAACUCGCACAUCGAGCUGAACUCGGACCUGGUCUUCUGCAACCAUUCCUGCGACCCUUCUCUCGUUUUCGACAUGGGCAAGAUGGAAGUGCGUGUUGUGGACAACCGGCCGUUGAAAAAAGGUGACGCCCUCACAUUCUUCUACCCGAGCUCGGAAUGGGAGAUGGAUCAGCCCUUCAACUGCAACUGCGGCGCUGGGGACAAGGUCUGCAGAGGAUGGAUUUCCGGUGCCAAGAACAUGUCCAAGGAGGAAUUGCAGGGAUACUGGCUGAAUGACCACAUUGUGGCUUUGUUGAAGGAGCGGAAGUGA